AUGCUACGCCGGUGCCUGGCACGGCUCGAGGUCCCGCGCCCCGCGGUGGAGCGCCGCAAGCGUCGUAGCCGUGCUGGCGCUGGUGGUAGCAAAAAGGUCGCGUCUCGCAGGCCUGGCAUCCCAGACCUGCCUAAGAGUGCUGGUGGUUACUUUUUCCAACAGCUGCGACCGCACCUGCCUAUUCGGUGGCAGUACGACUGGCGCUGGACCAGUCUCAAAGCGGUCUGGGUGGUGGGCUGGUCAUCGUUCAUCUGUUAUGUCGCGUACGUCAUGUUCUUCAAGUAUACGGACAGCGACAUUGCCGAGCAGGCGACUCAGUACACCUACGUGCGCAACGAGCGUGGAGAUGUGAUGGACAUUGGUUUCAAGCCCAUUGUAGACGCUGGAAAGCGGGCCCGACGCCGCGCUGAUCGACUUCUUGAUCCCGAUGAGUGGGACUAA